ACGCCUCCCCUUUUUUUUUUUACAUAUAAAACCCCUUUCUUUCCUCAUGAUUGCGAAUCACGCGAUCUCGUAUUCUUCUUCAUCUUUCUAGGGUUUUGAGUCGUCGGAUUCUCGAUGUCGACGACGACUUCGACCGCUGCGGCCGUUCCCGCCACUGCUAAUCUCAAGAUCUGCUUCAAUUCUCUGUGUAAGGAGCCCAAAUCGGAGGCUCAGAGGCGAAAGGGGUGGAAGCUUCGAUCGGGCGAUCAUGCUGAGCUCUGCGACCGAUGCUCUUGCGCUUACGAGCAAGGGACAUUUUGUGAGACUUUUCACUUGGAUGCUGCUGGUUGGAGGAAGUGCGAGUCUUGUGGAAAGAGAGUUCAUUGUGGGUGCAUAGUUUCCGCGUCUUCUUACGUGCUACUCGAUGCUGGAGGGAUCGAAUGCAUCUUAUGUGCGAAGAAAACGUUGUCUAUGACACCAAAUAGUAUGUGGUCUCCUUCUUUGAUUCUGUCCUCACAAGUCUCUGAGAGGCCAAAAGAACAUGCUGGAAAGAGUUGGCACCAAAUGACUGGUUCAUUUCCUAGCCAGUGGCGGCAAGGGCCACAUUUGUGGAGCACUGGAAUCCAGUCUGAUUUGCAGCAACGACUAUCAUAUGAAUUUGAUAGACCUCUUCAUAGUGAAAGACUGAUUGCAGGAGUUCGAGCUUCUAUAUCUGCACAGGACAAAAAGGUUGCAGAGCCAUCUGAGAGACUAACGCCUGGGAAUCAUGUUUUGCGUAAUGGAACUGUGGCUGGUUUGGAUGCAGCUUCUGUAUUUAACAUGUAUAGAGAAGAAGGAAAUGUUUUGCAAGAUUCUGGCCACCAUUUAGGAGAUAAUGAUCUAGGAUCUUCACGAAAAGGUGUGGUCACUGAUCCUUGUUCUGCAAGUACGUCUGGAGUUAAUUUUGAGUCGCGGCCAAAUUCAUAUGCAAAGCCAUUACAAUCAACCAUUUUAAAGGGAGAGUCAUCACCUCUACUUGGCUUGGCCGCUUCUUUUUCAUCACCAAAUGGCUCCAAUGGCCCAGGAAGAGCCUCAAUGACUCAGUCACAACGGCAAAUGCCUCCUCCAAUUCCAAAACAACUCUCCUCUAAUCCUCACAAUCUGAAUGAUAAUUCUGUUGAAGUGCGCAGCGGAAGAUCUCGAGUGGAUGCCCGGACACGAACACAACUACUUCCUCGUUAUUGGCCUAGGAUUACGGAUCAAGAACUAAAACAGAUAAAUGGAGAUUCAAAUUCUGUUAUCACACCAUUGUUUGAGAAGAUGCUAAGUGCCAGUGACGCUGGUCGUAUUGGACGUUUGGUGCUUCCGAAAAAAUGUGCUGAGGCAUACUUCCCUCCAAUAUCUCAACCUGAAGGACUUCCUUUAAAGGUUCAGGAUGCUAGUGGCAAAGAGUGGGCGUUUCAGUUCCGGUUCUGGCCAAAUAAUAACAGCAGGAUGUACGUCUUGGAGGGAGUUACUCCUUGCAUUCAGUCAAUGCAAUUACAAGCAGGCGACACAGUAACAUUCAGUCGGAUAGAUCCGGAGGGGAAGUUGGUCAUGGGAUUUAGGAAAGCUUCCAAUGCCUCAUCCGAACAGGAUGCACAAACAGUUAAAACUGGUAAUGGUUUUUUAACACCUCCAGAAAAUAACAAAAAUGCAACUGACUUCAGCGAAAAUGGCCCUUUUCGGUCUCAAAAGGUUGGCGCAGAAUCAAAAAGCUCAUCCAAUACAACAGAUGAGGCCAUAUUGUCUAAGUUUGGCAAAAAUGGAUUUAUUCAAAAAGACGGGUCUGCAACUAAACUUUCUCAUGGCCCAAGUAGAAGGAAAGGCGGUAAUCUUGGUUCAAGAAAUAAACGCUUAAGGAUUGAAAGUGAGGACUCAAUUGAGCUAAAAGUAACAUGGGAACAGGCGCAGGAGCUCCUCCGACCGCCUCCUAAUGACAAUCCUAAUGUUGUAGUCAUUGAAGGCCAUGAAAUUGAGGAAUAUGAGGAAUCCCCGGUGCUUGGAAAGCCUACAAUUUUCACCACAAACCAAGCAGGUGAGAAUAUUCAAUGGGCUCAGUGUGAAGAUUGUUUCAAGUGGCGUAAGCUACCAGUUGAUGCUCUUCUUCCUUCUAAAUGGACUUGCUCUGAGAACAAGUGGGAUCCUGAAAGGUCUUCAUGUUCAACCGCUCAGGAAAUAGAUACAGAGCUAGCAGAUAUACUUCCUACUACGGCCGGUUCAAGAAGGUCCAGGGUAAAACUAGAAAACAACAACCUCGAAGUAUCCGAUGGGCUCGAUACACUUGCCAACCUAGCAAUUCUCGGAGAGGGGGAAUGCCUCCCUCCAUCUUCUCAACCCACAACAAAGCAUCCUCGCCAUCGGCCAGGAUGCACGUGCAUUGUAUGCAUCCAGCCUCCGAGCGGCAAAGGUCCCAAGCACAAGCAAUCUUGCACGUGCAACGUCUGCCUCACUGUGAAGCGCCGCUUCAGAACCUUAAUGCUCCGGCGUGAGAAGAAACAGACAGAGAAAGAAGCUGAGACAAGUAAGAAGCAGAUCGUUGAUCAGUCACUGGAGAUGAUGAUUUCAGGCAGUGAGCCCCUUCAGCGAGAAGGCAAAUGUAUUGGGGAUGGUUCUUUGCCUCAAAGUCCGGUGAUUUGUGUCGAGGGCGAGUUUGAUAAUGAUGCUGAGAAUAGAGUGAUUUCGCCUUCACCUCUCAAGGCUCAGAUUGAUUUGAACAUCCAGCCGGAGAGGGAGGAGGAGCCAUCGCCAAAGUCUGAUACUGGCAGCAUCAUGAGGCCUUUUGCUGAUGCUACUGCCUAAAAGUUAAUUGUUUAGGUAACAACAAGAAAAAUCCGAAUCGUGUUUUUCAAAUGCAGGUUGUGUGCGCCAAAGGUGGGUGGGGGUUUGAAGUUUGUUGAGAUCGUCGCGUGAUACAGCUCUCGCUGAAUCUUUGGGGAACUUGUGGAGAAGCUCGUUCGGAUAUGUUAGAAGUCGGACACAGCAAAGGUAAAAGAGAUGAGUAAGACACGAGCUCCGGUUUUGUUGUGUAAUCGUUAAUAGAUAUAGGUGAGGGAGCAUGGAUGCACGAGGUACUCUUUUUCUGCCUUGUGAUAUAGAUUCAUCGAAUUCAAAGGAAAAGCUGAAAGAGGUUGUAUUGAGGAGAUAUACACUAGCUUGUCUGAUAUAGAAAUGGAAAUUUUGUGACUAAAGUGUUAGCUGAAGCUUGUUAGGGCUGGGUUUGAGCCUUUUGCACCAAUCUCUACAACCCAACUUGAGGGAAGGCACGAGCAGCUUGCUUUCUUAAUUUGAAAUCAGCGCAUGCAUGUGGAAUUUUGUCUGACAUACAAGUUCGUGACUGAUUUUGCUCUAGAUCAUGUCAAAAUGUUUACAAAAAGAUUACUAUAAAUGGUGAGCUUAAUUUA